AUGGCUCUCAAACUGCUGGGUUGUGUCGCUCUGGCGAUGUUCCUGGAAACAGGACUCGUCUCUGCUGGAUCUCUGAAAGAUAUCGAACAUGUCGUUAUCUUCAUGCAGGAGAAUCGUUCAUGGGACACCUACUUCGGUACCAUGGCUGGAGUCCGAGGCUUCAAUGAUCCCAAUGUUCAGAUCAACCCCGACGGAAAAUCCGUCUGGCAUCAGGUUGUUGAGCCAUCCCAGUCCAACAAGACCAAGACCCUGCUGCCUUGGUAUCUUGGAUACAAAGGUGGAAAUGCGCAUGAUGCUAUUCAGUGCAUGAACGCCGGUAGCAACGGCUACGAGGAGAACCAGCAAUCCCUCAACUAUGGACUGAACAACCACUGGGUAGCUAAGAACACCCCCUGGAGUUGGGGCUACAUGAAGCGCGAGGAUAUUCCCGUUCAUUUUGCUAUUGCUGAGGGUUGGACUUCGGGAGAUAUGUACCAGGAAGGUCAAAUCACUGCCACCAACCCCAAUCGGGCUACCCUGGUCAGCGGCUCUAUCAACGUUCCCGGCAGUCCCCAGGAGAAGGACGAGGGUGGUGUAUACAUUGACAACAAUGAAGUGCCAGGCUGCGAUGACAACGGUAUCAACUGCUACCCACUCAAGUGGAAGACUGUCUAUGAGUUCUACGAAGAGGCAGGUGUCUCUUGGCAAGUCUACCAAGGAACCAACAACUACGACGAUAACCCUCUGGCCUGGUUCAAGCAGUUCCAGGAUGCCGCGGAGGAUAGCCCACUGGCCAAGAAGGGUAUGGCAUAUCUUGGCCUCGAUGCCUUCUACCAGGCUGCCGCCAAUGGCACAUUGCCCGCGGUCAGUUUCAUUGUUGGCCCUGCCGAGCUGUCUGAGCACCCUCCCUACAUGCCCAAGGAUGGAGCCUGGCUCCAGAAGAAGAUCGUUGAUGCCGUCACCAGCAGCCCCAAGUACAAGUCGACUCUUCUGAUGGUCAGCUACGAUGAGACUGGUGGCUUCGGUGAUCAUGUCACCCCCUUCCACUCCCCCGAAGGCACCCCAGGAGAAUGGAUGAAGGAUCCCCUUGGAAUGUUCACCAACAUCUUCACUGGACCCGGUUUCCGCGUGCCCUUCUACAUUAUCUCUCCUUGGACUCGUGGAGGCCGCGUGUUUACCGAGCGUGCCGAUCACAACUCCCAGAUUCUCUUCGUUGAACAAUGGCUCACAGCACGUGGAUACAAGAACAUCACCACCGAUGAGAUGGUUCCGUGGCGACGCAACCACAUGUCUAAUCUCGUUAACGCACUUGAUCUUGACAACCCUGACUACUCUCUCCCCAACAUCCCAGAUGCCGGCACCCUGGAAACCAACGAAAAGGGUGGCUACAUCGGUACAUCUAACUGCCAGGCUCGCAACAAGCAGACACGUCCGGAUGUUCCAUAUGGAAAGCAGCCAAAGGAGCAGAGUACCAAUACCCUGUGGUUCGAGGAGGGUUACAAGGAGGUCAUCGGCUACCUCACCGAGGGCCGAUACCUGACAUUUGAGAAGAAUGGAGCAGCCCUCACCAACCCUGGCAGAGGCAAGAAGCUUACCUCCACCCGUGCGACCCGGAAGCACAACUCCAAGUCCCAGCGUUGGGUGAUCCACUACAACAAGGACGAGGAAAGCAAUACCUUCACCAUCUCAAGCGCACUGGAUGGCCGAUGGCUCGGUAAGAAUGGUGCCUUGCUUUCCAAGGACCAGGCUUCCAAAGCAGCCGAAGUGAAGGUCACCUUCUUGGGUAAGAGCCGUGGCUACAACCUGCAGUUUGUGGACAAGAAGCGUUACAUUGAUAUCGACAACCGUGGACAACUGGACGAUAGCAAGUCUCAGCCUAGCUGUGGCUUCGAUGUCUUCAGUGUCUCGUACCGUGAUUAA